AUGAACAUCGCCAAGGACGUUACCGAGCUCAUCGGCAACACGCCGAUGGUGUUCCUGAAGCGCGUGAACGAGGGAUCGGUGGGCAAGGUGGCCUGUAAGCUCGAAAUCAUGGAACCCUGUUGCAGCGUCAAGGACAGGAUUGGUUACAGCAUGAUCUCUGCUGCCGAGGCCGACGGCAAGAUCACCCCCGGCAAGACCACCCUUGUGGAGCCGACCAGCGGAAACACGGGCAUUGGUCUGGCAUUCAUCGCCGCCGCCAAGGGCUACAAGCUGGUCCUGACCAUGCCCGCUUCUAUGUCCCUGGAGCGCCGCAUCCUGCUGCGCGCCUUCGGCGCCGAGCUGGUGCUCACCGACCCCGCCAAGGGCAUGAAGGUGCGCGGACCGGAUUGA